UCGAUGUUCAAGCUGAUCAAACCGGCUCCUCUUACGGAGCAAGUGCGUUCCCGCGAGGGCAACAUCUAUAUGUAUCGGGCGAUGACGUUAAUUGGUUGGAUUCCUCCAAAGCAAGGGGUCUGGCGCUAUGUUUACCUCUUCUGGACAUGUGUGCCAUUUGCCUUUGGCGUAUUUUACUUGCCCGUGGGCUUCAUCAUCAGCUACGUGAAAGAGUUUAAGAACUUUACACCGGGCGAGUUUCUCACCUCGCUGCAAGUGGCAAUUAAUGUGUAUGGCGCCUCUGUGAAGUCAACCAUCACAUACAUUUUUCUCUGGCGUCUGCGAAAAACUGAGAAUCUGCUGGACAGACUCGAUGAGCGGUUGCACAACGAUAGCGAUCGGCAGAAAAUACAUGAGAUGGUGGCACGGUGCAACUACGCUUUUCUCAUCUACAGUUUCAUCUACUGCGGCUAUGCGGGCUCAACAUUUCUCUCGUAUGUACUCAGUGGUCGUCCGCCUUGGUCUGUCUACAAUCCAUUUGUCGACUGGCAUGAUGGUCUCGGUAGUUUGUGGAUACAGUCGAUCUUUGAGUAUAUUACUAUGUCCUUUGCCGUGCUGCAGGAUCAACUUUCGGACACGUAUCCCUUGAUGUUCAUGAUCAUCUUUCGCGCGCACUUCGAUGUGCUCAAAGAUCAUGUACGAAAUCUGCGCAUGGAUCCCACGAGAUCAGAGAAGGACAACUAUCAGGAUCUAGUGAAUUGCAUCAUGGAUCAUAAAUUGAUAUUGAGAUGCUGCAACUUAAUACGUCCCAUAAUAUCACGCACUAUAUUUGUGCAAUUUUUGCUGAUUGGUUCCGUGCUGGGAUUGACGCUAAUCAACGUGUUUUUCUUCUCGAACUUUUGGCGUGGUCUUGCCUCCUUUAUGUUCGUUAUUACGAUCUUGAUGCAGACAUUUCCCUUUUGCUACACCUGCAAUUUGCUAAUUGACGACUGCGACGACUUGGCUAACACAAUUUUCCAAUCGAACUGGGCCGAUGCGGAACCGGGCUAUAAAUCGACGUUGGUUCACUUUAUGCACCAUGUGCAGCAGCCGAUUAUAUUCAUUGCUGGUGGCAUAUUUCCCAUCUCAAUGAACAGCAAUAUCAGCGUGGCCAAGUUUGCAUUCAGCAUCAUCACCAUAGUGCGGCAAAUGAAUCUAGCCGAACAAUUUCAGUGAAAUGCAAAAAUUGUGUAGCGUCCCAUUUUAGUGGCUUAUCCGCUUUUAUAUUAACGUGAAUUUCCAUCUUUAUUUAUUGUGGCCCAAAUGUGCUCGGCGCGUGCCAAGUGCCCGUCUGCAAUUGCCUUUGUUUUAUAGAGCCAGAGACCCAGUAAAAAAUCUACCCCACACACACACACACACACACUCGACAUUGUUUGUGGCUGGCAUUUGCAUAGAAUUUGUAUAUGUUAUAGUUUAUCUCAUAAGAUUUAGCUGAUUUAGUUGUGCCUCGCAAUUGCGAGUCCCCAAAAUGGUAAUGGAAAUGAAAAGCCGCAAGCGGACGGAAUUCGACAUUCUCCUCUGCCUCUCUCGAGAAUUUGCGCAAAUUGUGUUAACAGACGGAAAUUACAAUAGCAAGAAGAACAACAGCCAAGCAGAAAUAAUCAGAACGCAUAAAAAGAGCAGACUCUAAAGACGCCUGAAGCAUUGACACAAGACGCGGCAUGAGGCAUGCGCCAUGAGGCACAACAGAUCCGUAACGAAUCCGAAGGAAACGCAGGAAGUACGUACAUACACAUAUUACUGUUUACAUAUUGUAUGUGAUUUUUAUUUAAAUUUUAUGUUAAACACGUGACGGGGUAGACACAAAAAAAUAUCAUACACAAACACACGAUAGGAGAGUGUUCUAUAUGUACGAGUACGAGUAUGUUGAAGCUGAAUGGCAUCAACUGAGGCAGCCACAAUGACGGCGGCAAGGAUAACAAUGGACAAGUCGCUGUGUUUGAACUAAAAACAAAUAUUAUGACAUAUUUUUGCGGUUUACUUACCACACUCGCACAUGUGCAAACACACAGUCGCCCACACACACACGCACACACACACAUUUAUUGCCAUUGUCCUUCGGUUUGCUCACAACAAUUGCUCUGUGCGCUGAC